GAUAAGAAUCUCCGGUGGAUUGUCACAACACAAACACAUGGCACUAAAUUACAAUAUUACUACUCCCUUCAACUUCAUACUCCUCUUCCUCCUCAUGCAUAACUCGACCACCAACCAUGCAACUCCAUGGCUCCUUCUAAGCUCUACUACCCCACAGUUUAACAGGGUCCAUUAUGGAGAGUAUAUCUCUCUAGUUAUAUCUGCAAAAAAUGAAUGUUGGGUGAACAAGAAUUCCCUGGUAUGGUCUUUUUUACUGAAGAAUUCUCUGUUGUGGUCUGCCAGCCAAGGUUUGAAGUUUUUCAAGGGAAGAAAUUGGUUGACUGAGAUUUGGGUGCUGGUGGUAGGAAUAGGAGGAAUUCUCUGAAAGGGUUAGUGAAUUAGCAUGGGGAGACACCAAGAUGGAACAAUCACAAGCAAGGAACUGGCUCAAACUUCUCCAGUUAUGGAACCAAGUUUGCACAAGAAGGACCAAGUGCAAGUGUUUGCAAAUUCUGUAGAUUCACAUGUUCAAUCACGCUGCCUCGUCUGUUUGGGGAACAACAGUUGCCGAACUGUUCGUUCAAGAACAAAACUAAUGAGUACUUUGAUUGAAAAGAGAAGGCCUCAUGAAGUCCAAUCCAUUUUCAACAGUUUAAUAGAAGAAGGACACAGGCCAACUGUAAUAACAUACACAACACUUAUAGGAGCGUUGACCCGCCUUAAGCGAUUCAAGUCCAUUCCUAGAAUCCUUUCUAGACUCAAGGAAAAUGAUAUAAAGCCUGAUAUAAUACUUUUCAAUGCAAUGAUAAAUGCUUUCAUAGAAUCCGGGAAAGUGGAUGAAGCCAUGAAAAUCUUUCAGAAAAUGGAGAGUAAUGGAUGUAGGCCAACAACUAGCACUUUCAACACCCUGAUUAAAGGAUAUAGUAUUGCUGGUAAGCCUGAAGAAUCUCUAAAACUGCUAGAGAUUAUGUCAAAGUAUGGAAAUGUAAAACCCAAUGACAGAACCUAUAAUAUUAUUAUUAGGGCAUGGUGUAACAAGAAUAAUAUAGAUGAAGCAUGGAAUGUGGUGUAUAAAAUGGUUGCAUCUGGAAUACAACCUGAUGUUGUCACUUAUAACACCUUAGCAAGAGCUUAUGCUGAGAAUGGGGAGACAUUUAGAGCUGAAAUGAUGAUCUUGGAGAUGCAAAAAUACAGGGUUCGCCCCAAUGAACGAACGUGUGGCAUCAUAAUAAAUGGAUAUUGUAAAGAAGGAAACAUGGAAGAUGCCUUGAAUUUUAUGUAUAGAAUGAAGGAGCUUGGAGUGCAUCCAAAUCUUGUAAUAUUCAACUCUCUUAUCAAAGGCUUUCUGGAUGUUUCAGAUACAGAUGGAAUUGAUGAGGCAUUGUCAUUGAUGGAAGAAUUUGGGGUCAAACCAGAUGUUAUAACAUUUAGCACCAUCAUGAACGCAUGGAGCUCCGUAGGGUGCAUGGACAAAUGCCAAGCAAUCUUCAACGACAUGGUUAAGGCCGGCAUAGAACCUGACAUCCAUGCAUUCAGCAUUCUUGCAAAAGGAUAUGUGCGUGCUGGUGAGCCUGGGAAGGCCGAGUCCCUUAUGUCUUUGAUGAGCAAAUCUGGCGUGCAUCCAAAUGUUGUAAUCUUCACGACAAUGAUAAGCGGUUGGUGCAAUGCAGGCAGAAUGGAUCGUGCCAUGAGAGUUUACGAGAAAAUGUGUGAAAUGGAUAUUUCUCCCAAUCUGAUAACUUUUGAGACUCUGAUAUGGGGAUAUGGAGAAGCAAAACAGCCCUGGAAAGCAGAAGAAUUGCUCCAAGCUAUGGAAGAAAAGGGCGUUCGCCCAGGAAAGAACACUGUCCGGCUUGUUGCUGAGGCUUGGCGCUCUAUUGGUUUACUUGCUGAAGCCCAAAGAAUGCUAAAUGAAGCAGAAGAAGGCAGGGAACUUGUGCCGAAAAAUCCAAGUGAAGAUGUACCUAUGGAGAGUAUGGAAGCAAUUUAUAAGAAGCAACGUCUGAGGGCUUCUGGUUCUAAUAUUUUGCAGGUUCCUGGACUGGCUAUUGAAAAACCAAAUGCUACUAACAGCAGAACCCAAAUGGUUUCAAAGGGUUUCGAGUUUUCAUCUGAUAGCAGACAAAGUGCUGCUAAAUCCAUUUUUCUUUCUCAUUCAAGUUCGUUUAGAGUGCAACCUUUGAUUAUUUGUAGAAAGCAACUGCAGGGUUUGGCUGGACUACAAGGGAACUUUGUAAAUACAUGUAGAUUGGUCUUUAUAAACUGAUGGGAGAAAGGAAACACAGGUGGAUGCAGUGAUCCCAUCUUUGAUCCAAGAUGAAACUCUGUUUUGCCGGAGUUGAUUUCAUUGAUGCUCCUCAAAUUCAGAAAUCUUGAUGAUUCUUUACCAAAGUUGUUGAUUAUUUGACAUGCAAUGGUGUCAAAAUAUACAUCCAAACCAAUUCAGUUGCCAGUAAGUUGCUUCCUGAAAUGUAUAUUGGUGGUAAUUCAAAACAGUAUGACAGUUUUUGUUGAAAUGUCUUACAUUAUAUACUCAACAAGAUACAAUUUUUACUUUUUCCACUUUUGAAUCAAAAACUCUGACCCCA